CUGCCUUGUCGCGAUUCUCGGGCUGAGAACGCCGCUGCACCCGCGGCCUGCGAUGCUGGGCCCCCGCGCGGCACCGUCGCGCUCGCCUCUGGGCCUGUGUACUCUGGUGAUUGCGCUGCUGGGCGCACUGCCCGCGGGCGCCGGGGCGCAGCAGUAUCACGGCGAGAAGGGCAUCUCAGUGCCGGAUCACGGCUUCUGCCAGCCCAUCUCCAUCCCGCUGUGCACGGACAUCGCCUACAACCAGACCAUCCUGCCCAACCUGCUGGGUCACACGAACCAAGAGGAUGCGGGCCUCGAGGUGCACCAGUUCUACCCGCUGGUGAAGGUGCAGUGUUCUCCCGAGCUGCGCUUCUUCCUGUGCUCCAUGUACGCACCCGUGUGUACCGUGCUCGAUAAGGCCAUCCCGCCGUGCCGCUCUCUGUGCGAGCGUGCCCGCCAGGGCUGUGAGGCGCUCAUGAACAAGUUCGGCUUCCAAUGGCCUGAGCGGCUGCGUUGCGAGAACUUCCCCGUGCACGGCGCCGGAGAGAUCUGCGUGGGCCAGAACACUUCGGACGGCUCCGGCAGCGCGGGAGGCGGCCCCACCGCCUAUCCCACCGCGCCCUACAUGCCCGACCUGCCCUUCACCGCGCUGCCUCCGGGGGCCGCUGACGGCAGGGGCCGCUCAGCCUUCCCCUUCUCGUGCCCACGCCAGCUCAAGGUACCCCCCUACCUCGGCUACCGUUUCCUGGGCGAGCGCGACUGCGGCGCCCCUUGCGAGCCGGGCCGCGCCAACGGCCUCAUGUACUUUAAGGAGGAGGAGAGGCGCUUCGCCCGCCUCUGGGUGGGCGUGUGGGCAGUGCUGUGCUGCGCCUCGCCGCUCUUCACCGUGCUUACCUACCUAGUGGACAUGCGGCGCUUCAGCUACCCGGAGCGGCCUAUCAUCUUCCUAUCGGGCUGCUAUUUCAUGGUGGCCGUGGCGCACGUGGCCGGCUUCCUGUUGGAGGACCGCGCGGUGUGCGUGGAGCGCUUCUCAGACGACGGCUACCGCACGGUGGCGCAGGGCACCAAGAAGGAAGGUUGCACCAUCCUCUUCAUGGUGCUCUACUUCUUCGGCAUGGCCAGCUCCAUCUGGUGGGUCAUCCUGUCGCUCACCUGGUUCCUGGCGGCCGGCAUGAAGUGGGGCCACGAGGCCAUCGAGGCCAACUCGCAGUACUUCCACCUGGCCGCGUGGGCGGUGCCCGCUGUCAAGACUAUCACCAUCCUGGCCAUGGGCCAGGUGGACGGGGACCUGCUCAGCGGGGUGUGCUACGUGGGCCUGUCCAGCGUGGACGCGCUGCGGGGCUUCGUGCUGGCGCCCCUGUUCGUCUACCUCUUCAUCGGCACGUCCUUCCUGCUGGCCGGCUUCGUGUCGCUGUUCCGCAUCCGCACCAUCAUGAAGCACGACGGCACCAAGACCGAGAAGCUGGAGAAGCUCAUGGUGCGCAUCGGCGUCUUCAGCGUGCUCUACACCGUGCCGGCCACCAUCGUUCUGGCCUGCUACUUCUACGAGCAGGCCUUUCGCGAACACUGGGAGCGCACCUGGCUCCUGCAGACGUGCAAGAGCUACGCGGUGCCCUGCCCGCCCGGCCACUUCCCGCCCAUGAGCCCCGACUUCACCGUCUUCAUGAUCAAGUACCUGAUGACCAUGAUCGUAGGCAUCACCACUGGCUUCUGGAUCUGGUCCGGCAAGACGCUGCAGUCGUGGCGCCGCUUCUACCACAGACUCAGCCACAGCAGCAAGGGGGAGACUGCGGUAUGAGCCCCAGCCCCUCCCCCAGCCUUCCUUCUCCCACCCCCAGCUGGGGGAAAGGCGCGGUAGGGGAAGAACUGCGGGGUAGGCGGGGGGGCUUGUUUCUGUCACCUCCUUACGCUCCAGUGAGAAGUGACCUGGAAGUGAGAAGAUGCAUGUAGAGAUAUACGUGGGUUUGGAAAAGAGGCCUGAGUGGAAAGACGGUUUGGAUGAAAAGACUUCUGGCAAAGAUUUGCAGGAUGAUGAUGAUGAUGAUCAUGUUAAUCCUGUACGGUACGGACCGACCUGGGCCAGUCGGAAAGACUGAGAUCAGAAGGUUGCUGUGAGUUCUUCUCAGCUCUGGGGCCGAACUGGGACUGUGAGCGAUUCCCCUGCUGCAAGACAAGUGGCCUGUCCUCACUCCUGUGAGGCCCGGGUGAAAGGCACAGCUCUGUCUGCGGCGGCUGCUUUGUUGGGAAAAGGGAGGACUCCCUGCAGAGUCCUUGUUAAGCGGUGGUCAAACCGUAAUCUCUUUUCACUGGGGCCAUACUGGAGCCCAGAUGGGUUAAUUUCCAGGGUCAGACAUUACAGUCUCUCCUCCCCUGCCUCCUCCCGCCUGUCUUUCCUCCUCUACUCCUUUCAAGUCUUGUAAAGUAAGCAUUUUGAAGUCUUGGGAGGCCUGCCUCCUCGAAUCCUAAUGUGAGCAUGCAAAAGAAAUGAGGCUAACAUUUUGCAACAAGGGAAGGACGGCGAGCAGUAGGUAUUUCUACUACUUUUUUUCUUUUCUGGGGAAGGCAGGAGGAAGAAAGAAGGGUGUUUUAUUUGGUUUAAUACCCUGAAAAGAAGUGAUGACUUGUUGCUUUUCAAAACAGGAAUGCAUUUUUCCCCCUGUCUUUGUUGUAAGAGACAAAAGAGGAAACAAGUGUCUCCCUGUGGAAAGGAACAACUGUGAAGAAGACAGCAACUUUUAUAGGCAAAGCAGCACAAAUCUCAAGUUUCCCUUUGAAUGUUAAUUUGGUUGCGAUAAACAUUCCUUUUUAAGGAAAAGUGAAGGGCAGUGUGCUUCCAUACCCCUUUCCAUCAGAGGUUCUGAGCUGGCUAAAGGAAAUGCAAGGGGUUUUGUUGUGUUUGUUUUAAGUAAAUUUAAUUCAGAACACGUGAUCUAACGGGCUCUGUUAAAACGUUCAGGGAAAUCUCCCCCUUCAUCUUUUUGUCUUCCCAUAAACCUGCAUUUAGGUGUUUUUUUUUUUCUAUUUUUUCACUCCAAUUUGAAUCCUUCAAGAUAAAAGGAGAAGCAUAAUGCCUUUAGCCUCAUAAUAAAGGAACGUUAAAUUUUUUAAAAAGUAAAAAAGCA